GUGUGCAGUCAACCAGAGCUUUCAUGUAGGAAUCCGAAAAAGCCAAUUAGGAGAUUCUCAUGAGGAUCAGUGGUCAGCACGUGAUCACCAUGACUCUGCGCCCAACACACACACACAUAUUGUUUUAUAUAUAGAUAAAUAUAUAUAUAUAUAUAUAGUUUAUAUGUAUGUGCACAUAUGUAUAUUUACAUGACCUAGUAUAUAUUUAGAUAGACCUUUAGUUUUUUGGUGUGAAUGUUUCUGGUCUUUUUUCAGGUCUCAUUAAAGAUGUAUAUUUAAAUAUCUUGGCGUGUUCGUCCACCCAUCCAUCCAACCAUCCAACCUGCUGUCCGUCCAUGUGUGUUUGAAUUGCUGAUAAACCUGACCGAGAGAUCGAUUUUUUUGACAGAACCUUGACGGUGACAUUCUGGUUUAUUGGCAUGGAUGGAUGGAUGGAGAGCCGUGGCCUCACUCUCUCCUCUUCAAACAGCUCUGUCAGCUGAGGUCAGUUGUCAUCUCUUAUCUCCCUGUGACUCAGGCACUGCUGUUUAGGUCCAGAUCAUCUCCAUCUGUGAUACAAGUGUCUCAUAUUGUCUCACGUCCUUUCGUUCACACCUGAGCUCAUCUCUCCAUCUUCGUUUGUCCAGUCAAAUUAACCCUGAUUAUCAGCCUUUGAAGGAGCCGUGAAGAAGUGGAAGGUUACGUUUCACUUCACUGCAGGUGACGAAGAAACUGAGAACGUGAUCAUAAUGUGUCCAUUAAUGCAGCUUCACCAACAUCUUUCAAUCGUCUCACAGACACACGUGUGUCAUCCAGGGCCUAACCAGAUUUCCCUCCUUUAAAUCCUUUAAGUACUAAUCUGUAUCUGAGCGCAGGGAGAAGAGAGGAGUGAAGUCAGUCUGGAGGAUGAAAAGAGAAAAACAGACAGAGUUAGAAUCCGACACGACCGACGCUCGUCUGCUCCUCUGAGGGGCCAGGGAGAUAAAAAAGGCAGAUUGUUUUGUUUUUCUUUGUUGUUCUCACACUUUUGUUCUAGAAGGCUCCGAGAUAUUGUGCGAUAACGGUGGGGACCAUCUGGAGGUUUAUCAGGAUUUCAUCAUCUAAGUCUCUGGCCAACUGUGGCUGCAGGCCCGGAGCUGCAUGUCGGAGCAACAAAGGAUGAGACAAGAAGGAAAGUUCUGUACCGAUAAAUCGUACCAGUGAAGGUGUGAUCGGUUCGUCCUGUAGCGAGCGCUCAGGUUCAUCAUCGUCAUGGAGGCAGUGGUGAGAGUGAAGAGGUCUCUGAGGAGGCCCAUCAGGAAGCUGACCUGCUGCGUGUCAGGGGUGAAGGAGCGGAGGUUGUGCGCUAAGCCUAGAUACAAAAAAAGAGGAGGAGGAGGAGAAAAAGGAGCGAGAGGUGGAGGAGUCAGGGAAACAGGAAGGAACUCUCAACUCAGGGCUACGUCUCCCAGAGAUCCAUCUGCCAUCCACUCGUACCGCGCUGACCUGGAGAAGGAGAGGAAGCAGCGGGAGGCGAUGAAUGCUCAGAAGAAUGCAGAGAGAGCGGCACUGAGAGCUCAUUUCAGGAGAAAAUACCAACUGUCUGAGGACCCAAAGGACAUAAACCACCUGAGGUCCGUUGAAGGGAAAGUGUCGCUCCCCCAUCAGCUGUCAAAGAUUAUUUACCCUGAAGCUAAAACCAAGGAUGAAGGCUUCCAGCUGCUGAGGGCAUUCCAAGGCCUCAGUUUGGACUCAGUGCUGCUCACAGGCAGGUGCAAACCCAGCAGGACGUCCACUGCUGCAGCAGCAGCCGGUGGGGACUCGUGUAGAGUCAUAACAGAUCCAAGGAUACCAGGAGGAAAACUAAUGAGUUCCCCGGAGACAGAACUGACUCUGCUGGUCGUCGCAGCUCUGCAGGAGACCGAUGCAGGAGCCGUAGAGAAGGAGAAGUUAGAGGAGGCGAAGGGAGUUCACGAUGCCGGAGCCAGAAGCAGAAGAGAUGUGGACGGCUGUGUGAAGAGCUUCGAGAAGAUCCCUCACACAGGAAGAAACGGCUGGCUCAACCUGGUCCGCUUCUGGAGAAAGGAUUAUUUCAGUCAACUCCACAAACACCAGGAGAGGACCUUCAGAGAUCUGGGCCCCAUCUACAGGGAGCACGUGGGCUCACACAAGAGCGUGAACAUCAUGAUGCCGGUGGACAUUGGUGAAUUGUUCCGAGCCGAGGGUCUGCAUCCCCAACGAAUGACCCUGCAGCCGUGGGCUACACAUCGUGAGACACGGAAACACAGCAAGGGAGUCUUCCUCAAGAAUGGCGAGGAGUGGAGAGCUGACCGUCUACUCCUCAACAAGGAGGUGAUGAUGAGUGCUGCCGUGAAGCGUUUUCUUCCACUCCUUGAUGAGGUGGCAAAGGAUUUCUGUCAAAUGCUUCAGGCCAGAGUGGACAGGGAGGGACGAGGGAAGGAGGGAAAACGCAGCCUGACCAUUGAUCCGAGUCCUGAUCUUUUCCGCUUUGCGCUUGAAGCCAGCUGCCACGUCCUGUAUGGAGAGCGUAUAGGCCUCUUCUCCUCGACCCCCUCCAUGGAGUCCCAGAAGUUCAUCUGGGCCGUGGAGCAAAUGCUGGCAACUACCCCGCCUCUGCUCUACCUGCCCCACCGCCUCCUCCUCCACAUUGGCGCGCCCCUGUGGACCCAGCACGCCACUGCAUGGGACCAUAUCUUCAGUCACGCCGAGGCCAGGAUCCAGAGAGGGUACCAGCGCCUGUCAUCGUUGCCGAGGAGUGUUUCGGAGGCCAGAGCAGCUGGUGGCCAGUACACUGGUGUUUUGGGCCAGCUGAUGGAGAAAGGCCAGCUGUCUCUGGAUCUCAUCAAAGCCAACAUCACUGAGCUGAUGGCUGGAGGGGUUGACACUACGGCGGUGCCGCUGCAGUUCGCUCUGUUUGAGUUGGGCCGCAACCCACAGGUGCAGGAGGAGAUUAGGCAGCAGGUGAUGGCAUCGUGGGCCAGCGCUGCUGGUGACCCUCAGAAAGCCCUGCAGGGGGCGCCUCUACUCAAGGGCACAAUCAAUGUGAUUCUAAGACUUUAUCCCGUUGGAAUCACAGUGCAGCGGAUGCCAGUCAAAGACAUUGUUCUCCAGAAUUACCACAUACCUGCAGGGACGAUGGUGCAGGCCUGUCUGUAUCCACUGGGGAGGAGUUCCCAGGUGUUCCAGAAUCCACACAUCUUUGAUCCACGUCGCUGGGGCAGCAGCAGCAGAGACGACGGACAAAAGGCCGAGGGGUCAGGGUUCCGCUCCCUGGCAUUUGGGUUUGGAGCGAGGCAGUGCGUCGGGAGGAGGAUUGCUGAGAACGAGAUGCAGCUCUUCCUCAUGCACGUGAGUUUCAGGAAAUUCUACAGAUUUGAAUGUCAAUACCAGUGCAAGACUCCAAACCACUGCUUUUAUGGUCUGUUCAUCUGCAAGGAUGUCAGCCUUUCUUCAUCCNUCGGUGUGACCUCCUCAGCGGACAUCAAAACCAAAUACACUCUCAUCCUCCUGCCUGAGAGCCCCCCCAAGAUCACCUUCAGAAAGCUUUGACACACACACACACACACACACACCACAUGUUAAAUCACCUGUCCAUUAUCCAGCCAUAUUCACCAACGCUGUGGUAAAAAUCACUGACUCUUUUUCUCUUUACAUUUAAAAUUUUUAAAUCACAUUAAUUAUUCUUAAAAAAUAAAUCUCAAUCGCCAUUUCAUCUCUAGUUGUCAUUAUUUACGCGUAGGCUUUCUCUGCAUGCACAGCCCUCAAUCCACCAGAUGGCGCUAUAAUUUAGAUUAAUUAAUUGAUUUCCUCAUGUUGUGACUGAGCCUCUUCACCAGUCACUUUCCUACUGGGCACCAACAGCUUCACCGUCUGCAGCAGAUCUGGGGUCAGUGAUAGUUUUUGUUAUUACACAUUGAAUUAAUUCCCGUCAUAUUGAACCACGCUGUUCUCCGAUCUGUUUCUGUUUAAAUUCAAAUGUAUUUAGUUCAUUUCCACGGUGUUCUCUCCGACGCUGCUGCACAAACAAAACACAGUUUGUUUCUCUUUACAUUUUUUUUUUCUCUCUUUAACUCACAGCACGGUCUCUUUAUAUUUAUUUAUAUUUUUCUUUAUAUUUAUUUAUCUGCUCUUUUAAGUUCUGCUGAUGAAGCUUGUUUAUUCCGUUCUUAUUAUAGCCAUUUUGUCCACAUCACCCUGAGUGUCGUUGCCCUUUACUCUCUUUACAUAAAGAUGACCUUUGCCCCCCCCCGUGGUUAUUAAGUGCCUCCUGUUGAAUCACACGAUUGCAGCGUGAUUUCUGGGGCACCGAGCUGCAGGGUUACCUUUUUCAACUCAAAUCACGAUCAAAGGUCUGUUUGCCCUCUGGCUAACCAUUUACAUCCUGCCGACCCUGGUUGGUGUGUGUGUGUGUGUGUGUGUGUGUAUGUGUGUGUGUAGCGGCACACGUUCUGCUUCAGUGUCUCCAUCGUACUUCUCUGUGGAGUAAUGUGAAGGAUAGAACUGCAGUAAAGUGUCAGUAAGUAUGCUCAGCCAUACUGUACAUCACGACGACUGUUUGUCGCAGAAGUAUCAGUUUUGUGACGGUGAGGAAAUAAAUAAAGUAAUAAAUGAACUACAGAGUCAUAAAAGUAAUCCUCACAGGUCUUUUUAUUGGCCCUCAGCAGGACUGGUAUCUUUUCAUCUGUAUCUGAUCUGAGUUCUGCUUGUUUUUCUGGUAAAAAAAAAAAAAAAAAAAAAAAAAAUUUCCUGUUUUUUUUUUAUAACC